AUGGCUAAGCAGCUCCAGCAGCCGGGUUUUCUUCUUGACACGUUGAUUGCCGCAACGCUGCACGCGUUUUUUGGAGUUGCGUCAGCUUCUGCGUUCGAACUGACGCGGUCAAGCAGGCAGUUGGGAACUAGCGGGGACACUCACUACAUGCACGGCGAUGGUACCACCUCAUCCGAACCAUUGGGCUCACCACUGCACUGA